CAGCAGUUCUAGGAGAAGGGCCGGCGCCUAAACGGCCACACGAAGAGAGAGAGAGAGAGAGAGAAAGAGAGAGAGAGAGAGAGAGAUAACGAAGGGGAGAGACCGGAUACGGGGGAGAGGCAUUUGCGUUCUGUUCGGUGAAGCUUUUCUCUUUCCAAGGUUCUACAUGCGGUUUUCGGCCCUAACCUGAGCUUAGAUUUGUAAAUUUUGGCGCCUCUGUAGUCAGGUAGGGAAACGAUGGGUGCAGGAGGCCGAAUGUCCGUACCCACAACACAGAGGAAGUCAGAAUUUGACACCCUGAAGCGUGUUCCUUAUUCAAAGCCUCCGUUCACACUGAGUCAGCUUAAGAAAGCAAUCCCACCUCACUGCUUCAAACGCUCUGUUGUGCGCUCAUUCUCUUACGUGGUCUACGAUCUUGUCAUUGCCUCCCUCCUCUACUAUGUCGCAACCAGCUACAUCCAUCUCCUUCCUCAUCCUCUCUCUUUUGUGGCGUGGCCUAUCUACUGGGCUCUCCAAGGCUGCAUCCUUACCGGCGUUUGGGUUAUAGCGCACGAGUGCGGCCACCAUUCCUUCAGUGACUAUCAGUGGCUUGAUGACACGGUUGGUCUUAUCCUUCAUUCUUGUUUACUUGUCCCUUAUUUUUCAUGGAAGUACAGCCAUCGCCGUCAUCAUUCCAAUACAGGCUCUCUUGAGAGGGAUGAGGUUUUUGUUCCAAAGCAGAAAUCAAGUAUCCGAUGGUAUUUCAAGUACCUUAAUAACCCACCAGGCCGACUCCUUGGUCUUACCAUCACACUCACUCUUGGCUGGCCUCUUUAUCUAGCAUUUAACGUUUCUGGCAGGCCUUAUGAUCGGUUUGCUUGUCAUUUUGAUCCUUAUGGCCCUAUCUACUCCGAUCGGGAACGCCUCCAAAUAUACAUCUCUGAUGCUGGUAUUCUCGCUGUCUGUUAUGGGCUUUUCUGUCUUGCAGCAGCAAAAGGGUUUGCUUGGGUGUUCUGUGUUUACGGGGGACCGGUGCUGGUCGUGAAUGCAUUCCUUGUAUUGAUCACAUACUUGCAGCACACUCAUCCUUCAUUGCCACACUAUAAUUCUUCAGAGUGGGAUUGGUUCAGAGGAGCUCUUGCCACUGUAGAUAGAGACUACGGAGUUCUGAACAAGAUCUUCCACAACAUCACAGAUACACACGUGGCUCAUCAUUUGUUCUCAACAAUGCCUCACUACCACGCCAUGGAGGCCACAAAGGCGAUAAAACCGGUAUUGGGAGAAUAUUAUCAGUUCGACGGGACUCCAUUCUACAAGGCAAUGUGGAGAGAGGCAAAGGAGUGUAUUUACGUUGAGCCAGACGAAGGUGACCAGAACAGUGGCAUAUACUGGUACAGAAACAAGAUCUGAUGAUUUGUGCAGGUGAUGGGAAGGUCCAUUCAAUAGAGAUAUUAUUUAGUAAUUUGGGUACCUGCUAGUAGUACUUUUAGGUUGUCUUGUUUCCUUGGAAUUGAAGCUGUCUUGCAAUAAUUUUUUCAGGGGGGCUAAUUGUGGUAGAAAUAAUACACAAGCAUUAGUUUUUUUUUGAAGGGUGUAGUUUGAACCAAAAAAAAAAAAAAACAAAAGUGUCGAUCUGGGUUUCAGUCCUGGUUUUGGGUUUUUAUUCUUGAUUGGAAAUUUGGCAUGUGACGACGUGGUUUAACCGAGAUCGUAAUGCCAUUGGUGUCAUGAAGACAUUCAACUGUUACUUUUCUCCGUCAAUUAUUUCAAUGAAUGAAAAGUAUGCCUCCAAAGUCGCUAUGGGUAAAAA